UCUCAUUUUAUUUGAACAGGUUUGUGUAGGCGAAUAGACUACAGUCAAUAAUUUCAGAGGUAGGAGUCCAGUAGGGAACGAAAUCUGGUCUCACAUUUUAUUCUCUCUGGACCUGGGACAUACAUAUAUUCAUUAUGAAACUUGGAGUGAGACUGUGUGUGCUGGUGGUGUUCUCUCUCCAGCUUUGGGGUCCAGGACAGGGGCAGGAGCUGGAGCCAGAGCAGGUCCUGGCGUUCUGUGAUGACAAAGAUGUGGAGGCAGCUGUGGACUUGGCCCUAGUCAAGUAUAAUCAGAAGCUUCCUUAUGGAAAUCAACUAGCACUCUACCAGAUUCUGGAGUCCUCAAAGGCUCAGAAUGACUCAUGCACUCAGUACUUUGUGGAAUUCAAUAGCAGGGUCACUGACUGUCCAGCAGGGGGAGACAAAGUCUGGAGAGACUGUGACUACCUCCCUACUGGGAACAAGGUGCCAAGGCCUUGUAAGGCAACAGUCCACAUGUCAGAGACAGAUAAAAAGGUCCUGGCAGUUUUCUGUGACCCAGUGGAGGCCCCUGUUGUUGCUGAACGGACCACAUGUCUGGGGUGUCCUAGGGAGAUUGAUGUGGAGAGUGAAGACCUGAAGGAUCCCUUGACAUACUCCAUCACCAGGUUCAAUGCUGAUUCUGACUCCAGCCACCACUUCAUCCUGAACAGUGUUGGCUUCGCUACUAGACAGGUGGUUGCUGGAUUCAGGUAUAGACUGAUGUUCGAUAUGAGGAAAAGCAAUUGCUCCAAAGCAGACCACAAAGAGCUGAACGACGAAUGUCAUCCAGAUCCUGAUGUGGAACUCGCUCACUGCAAUUCCACAGUAGAUGUGGCACCUUGGAGGCAUGAGACUGCAGAAGCAAAUGUGGAAUGUGCACCGGGUCCCCUUGACAAUUUUGACGUCUUUAGAAGAAGACCUCCUGGUUGGUCUCCCUUGAGGAACUUCAACAAUUUUGCUGAAGUUAAAACAACCCAAGCUUCUACUGCUUCAGCCAAAGAGGAGUCAUCAGAGGAGUCUCAGGAGCGCAGCCCGUCUGCUGUGACCAUGGCUAACACAGACCCAGAGCCAGCCCUGCCCUCUGUGGCCCCCACCACUGCUGCUGAGAGCCCCUUCCACUGCCCCUCCAAGCCCUGGAAGCAGUUUGUCCCCCCAACAACCCUGAGGCCUGCACAGGAAAAAAGCCCAACACCUUUGCCAGUGGUAGAGGAGGGCUUAAGUGAUUUAGACUUGCUGGGGAAAAAAUAAGUGCAUGCUGUAUAGUGCAUUUGUAUCAUAAGCACACCUGCUGAUUUGAAAUAAAAAAUGACCAUGCUUUUA